UUUGCAUUUUUCUUGACUCUUAUGAUGCACUGCUAUUAUAAAACCCCUAUAAAUACUGUUAUUUUGAGCUUAUAAUCAGUUCUUGGCAUCUCAAAACAGAGCUAACAAGACAGCAGCCAGACUUUGUUCAGCUUUGAAAGGGAGAGAGAGGACAAUGGUGAGAGCUCCAUGCUGUGAGAAAAUGGGAUUGAAGAAAGGUCCUUGGACCGCUGAAGAAGAUCAGAUUCUCAUCGAUUACAUUAAACUCUACGGCCAUGGCAACUGGCGAGCACUCCCGAAACAAGCUGGUUUAUUGAGGUGUGGCAAGAGUUGCAGGCUACGUUGGACAAACUAUUUGAGGCCAGACAUUAAACGAGGAAAUUUCACCAGGGAAGAAGAGGAUACCAUAAUUAACUUACAUGAAAUGCUUGGUAAUAGAUGGGCUGCAAUCGCAGCGAGAUUACCAGGACGAACAGACAAUGAAAUUAAAAAUGUAUGGCACACCCACUUGAAGAAGAGGCUGAAACAGAACCAUGGCUCCAAUGACAACAAGCGACAAGCCAAUUUUGAUUCAUCCAAAAACAUCAAAAAAGAGCAAGAACCCGUGAAUUUUCUAGGCCCUGUAACUGCAGAUAGCCCCGGAUACAGGCCAGUCUCCCCACCAGAAUCAAGCAGCGAAAUUUCCACAGUAACGACAAGCGAAAACAAUAGUAACAUAUGCAUGAUGAAGAUUGAAACGCGUGAAGAUUUCUCUGAAAUCGAUGAGAACUUCUGGUCAGAAGUAUUAUCGGCUGACAAUUCAAGCAUGGCCAGCGAUUUUCAAGUGGUUGGUUCUGACCCACAAACUUAUCGUCAGUACUUUCCAAGCUUCCCAUUAGCAACGCUGGAACCUGUCAAUGACUAUGGUUCAAAUCUAUAUGAUAAUGAUACUAACAUGGAUUUUUGGUAUAAUCUUUUCACGAGAGCUGGGGAUUUACCAGAAGUACCAGAAAUUUGAGUUGUAGUUAGUAAUUAACUUCUCGAUCACGUUAGAUGUAACGUUUUUUUUUUCAAUUUUAACCCCAUGAUUAUUCAGAUUGGAAAUGAAGAUAAAAAAAAUAAUAAUCAUUCAGCUUGUUGAUCAGCAUAAAAUGAAAAGUAUGUUAAACAAUCUUGAAAUUGUCAAAACGUGCAAAUUAAUCUUGUAUACUCCAAAAUCGAAUAAUUUGGCAAUAACCAACUUGCAGUAGUGCUUUGCUUGUCAAACAGAACUACAGUUAAUGUGUAUACUUGUCUAGACUGGCAUAUUGUUAUAAUCUUUUUCAUACUUUCAAACCAAAAAAGUGGUGCUAGAUCAACUGUGAAGUCAGCUACUUGAUUUCAUUAAUUACAAUGCUUACAUUCAUCAUGAUCCAAGAAAAUGAUUAACUUCAAGACAGAUAUAAAUUGAAGGGAAAUGCUAAUCAGUACGUAUCAGUAGAUAUGC